AGCACAAUCCAAAACUCCCAAUAAUCGGAUAAUUACUCUGAAAGUAAACAUUACCGACCCGAUACUCGCCCCCUUUUGCACAUCAAAUAUGUUAAUGUUGCUUGCUUCUCUAAUAAACGGUGAUUCCGUCUCCGUGUAUUUCGAAGGGAAACCCGCUUCCAUGGCUCUGCAAUUUGCAUCCCCUCCGUUUCUCUCUCUCAAAAUGGCGAAUCAACACCAUUCAUCGUCGUCGCGGCCAUGGCUCCUCGAGGCAGUGCCUCUCAUGGUCGUUGUCCUGAUAGCAGCUCACGUCCUCGCUUUGGUAUACUGGAUUUACAGACUAGCCUCCGAGAAACAGCCUCAGAGGAGAAAGGCACACUAAGGAACACUUCAAUUUUGACGCAGAAAAGACGAAGAAGGUUGGUAAAACCCUAAUUCGUAGUUUACUCUAAAAAUACAAAAAAUAAUGUCAACGAUUUUUGGUUAGUAUAAUUCGUUGGCAACGCCCCCUUUUUUUUUUUUUGUUGAAGAAAACAUACACGCUCAACAACAAAUGUUGAAUUUACAUAAUCAGUGUAAUUAUUCAA